GUACCACUCAACAAUGUUGUGAUACUAUUAAUCACCUGAAGCGCAUAAUCAAGCAUAAAGCACCUUCUCUGAACAAGGAAGGAAAACGGCGAGUACCACGAGGAUUUCCAGCCACUAAGUCAGUGUGUCUUGUGGACGUUGUCAUGUGGCUCUUGGUGCAGUGUGGACGACCUCAGACAGAGUGCAGACAUAAAGCCAUGGAGCUCUUCUAUGAAUUUGUUCCUUUACUACCAGGAAACAAGUCUCCAUCUUCUUGGCUGGCUGAUGCUCUAAAAAACCGAGAAAUUUCUUUUCUCAUUAACAAAUUUGAAGGAGGUGGCAGCGAUGCCAAAAGUCCAUCUGGGAUCCUUUCUCAGCCAACUCUCCGUGGUAUGCAGGAGCCGUUCAGUUUACAGACUGUCAUGCGGUGGAUGGAUAUGUUCUUAGCAGCACUGGACUGCUACAAUACAUUCUUUGAGCUGCGAAUGAUCAAACCUCAUGAAAUACUGGGUGUAAAUGAAGGAUCCUCAUUCUUGAAAGCUUUGCAGUUCUUCCUUGAAACUAUUGCUUUGCAUGAUAUCCAUGCAGUGGAGCAAUGCUUUGAUUGCAGUUCAAAAGGGAGCAUGUUCAGUCCGCAGGAGAGAGAUGUGUAUAAUUACAGCAAGUGUACAAUUAUAGUCCGAAUCAUGGAGUUUGUCACCAUGAUCCUGGAAACGUGUCAGCAGGAUUUCUGGAAGCUUCUUGAGAAGGAAUUGCUUAAUGCAAGCCUUAUAGAGCUUCUGGUGAUGACAGUAUGUGAUCCAUCACACAUAGGCUUUAACACUGCUGAUGUGCAAGUCAUGAAAAAUCUCCCAGAUAUCUCAGUAAGACUCAUGAAAGCUUUGAUGAGAUCUCCCUAUAAGGAAUCUUUGAAACUACACAUGAGAAAAAGAAUCACACUGCAGAGCCUGGAGGACCUUUGUUCUGUUGAUCUGUUUAAUUCAGAUGCACGUUUUGAUCAAGUUAGGCUUAGUGCUAUCCUUUCAGCCUGCAAGCAACUCCAGAAAUCUGGCCUGCUUCAUUCUGUUCUUCACCAUCAGGAUGAAGGACCUCAUUUCCAAGUUGGCUCUAAGCUUCUUUCAGUUGUUUAUAAAGGUAUUGCACCUGGGGGUGAAAGGGUAUCUCUUCCAUCAUUAGACAUCAGCAGUAAGCGGUUAGCUGAUAGAGUCCUGCAGCUAGCCUUUGCUGUCAAUGACCAGUGUGAGGAGCUAGUAAGUCUGCUGUUGAACACAGUGGUGUUACCUGUGCCAUUAUCAGGAGCAUCCCAGAAGAACCUGAUCAAUUUCUCUCAUGGACAGUAUUUCUACAGCCUGUUCUCAGAAACCAUCAAUCAACAGCUGCUGAAAAACCUGGAUGUGAUCAUAGUCCAGCUUAUGGAAUCGUCUGGCAGCAAUCCCCAAAUGGUUGGCAGCAUUUUGAACGGCAUGUUGGAUCAGAGUUUUAGGGAGCGCACCGUACGUAAGCAGCAAGGAGUGAAACUGGUCAUGGCUGUACUGAGGAACUGGAAGAAACUUGACAGCUGGUGGGCCAAAGGUGCAGCUCCUGAGAGCAAAAUGGCAGUGUUGACCCUGCUGGCAAAAGUUCUCCAGAUAGACUCUUCAGUUUCUUUCAAUACCAAUCAUGAAGCAUUUACAGAUGUUUUUAAUACCUAUACCAGUCUGCUUACUGAUCAGAAUUUAAGCUUAAAUCUUAAGGGCCAAGCAGUGAUAAUUCUUCCGUUCUUCACUAAUUUGACUGGAGAAAAACUUGAUGACCUUAAGAAUGCACUUGAUAAACUUGUUGCUUUCAAUUUUCCCAUGAGGUCCGAUGAGUUUCCCAAAGGAACCUUGAAGCACAAUAACUAUGUAGAUUGCACUAAGAAGUUUUUAGAUGCAUUAGAAUUGUCUCAGAGUCCAAUGCUGUUGCAGUUGAUGACAGAAGUCCUCUGCAGGGACCAAAGACAUUUCAUGGAGGACUUAUUUCAAGCCAGCUUCAAAAGAAUUUCCAGAAGGAGUACCACUGACAAACAAGUGAUGCUGUUGGACACUGUUCACAAAAUGUUCCAGAGUGAGGACCUUCUUUCAAAUGCUACCCGUCAAGCAUUUAUGGAUCGCUCCCUCCUCACUCUCCUAUGGCACUGCAGCUUGGAUGCACUGAGAGAAUUCUGCGCCAAGAUUAUAGUGCAGGCUAUGGAUGCACUUAAUUCCAGGUUUACAAAGUUCAACGGAUAUACUUUUGAUACACAAGUCACCAAGAAAAUGGGGUAUUACAAGCUGCUAGAAGUGAUGUACAUACGUCUUUCAAAAGAGGAUGUUUAUUCCAAGGACUCUAGAAUUAACCAAACUUACCGUGGCUCCAUGAGCGUAGAAGGAAAUGAACUUACCAAGACACUAAUAAAGUCAUGCUACGAUGCAUUUACAGAAAACAUGGCAGGAGAGAGUCAGCUGUUGGAGAAGAGGAGGCUGUAUCACUGUGCAGCAUAUAACUGUGCCAUUGCUGUUAUCAGUUGUGUCUUCACUGAAAGUAAAUUUUAUCAAGGUUUUCUUUUUACAGAAAAAUCAGAAAAGAACCUGCUGAUUUUUGAAAAUCUGAUAGACCUGAAGCGUCAGUAUACAUUUCCUGUAGAAAUUGAGGUGCCACUGGAAAGGAAGAAGCGAUACAUUGCUAUUAGAAAGGAGGCCAGAGAUGCAGCGAAUAACAAUCAGGAUGAACCCAAGUAUUUAGCUUCUGCGUCAUACAUGAUGGAUAGCAGUUUGAGUGAGGAAAUGAGUCAGUUUGAUUUUUCUACUGGAGUCCAAAGCUUUUCUUAUAGCUCCCAAGAUGUUACAGCUGGCAGUGCUCGUUUCAGGAGGAAGGAGCCCACAGAAUACAUGGUUUUAAAUGAUGAGUUGGAACUGGAAAUGGAUGAACUCAAUCAACAUGAAUGUAUGGCUUCUAUGACCACUUUGAUUAAACAUAUGCAGAGGAACCAGAUCACACCUAAAGUGGAGGAGGGGACAGUUGCCGUAGAUCUUCCUCUUUGGAUGAAAUUUCUGCAUGGCAAAUUAGGAAACCCAUCAGUACCGCUAAAUAUUCGCCUCUUCAUAGCAAAACUUAUUGUUAAUACUGAGGAUGUUUUCCGACCUUAUGCAAAGCACUGGUUCGGUCCAUUGCUGCAGCUCGUUGUUUCAGGGAAUAAUGGAGGUGAAGGGAUUCAUUACAUGGUAGUGGAAAUAGUAGUUACUGUCCUUUCCUGGACAAGUGUAACCACUCCCAAAGGAAGUAUUAAGGAUGAGAUUUUAGCUAACAGGUUGCUUGAAUUCUUGAUGAAGAAUGCAUUUCACCAGAAAAGAGCUGUUUUCAGACACAAUCUGGAAAUUAUAAAGACAGUUAUAGAGUGUUGGAAGAACUGUCUCUCCAUACCUUACAGUUUAAUAUUUGAGAAAUUUUCUAGUGGAGACCCUGAUACAAAGGACAACUCAGUGGGAAUUCAGCUGCUGGGAAUUGUUCUUGCUAACAACUUACCUCCCUUUGACUCAAAGUGUGAAAUAGAUCGUGUCAGAUAUUUUCAGGCUUUGAUCAGCAACAUGGGCUUAUUAAAGCAUAAAGAAAUUUAUGCAGCUGCAGCAGAGGUGUUGGGACUUGCUCUUCGAUACAUUGCUGAGAAAGAAAAUGUACUUGAAGAUCCAGUUUAUGAUUGUGUCAUAAGACAAUUAAAACAUCAUCAAAACACCCAUCAGGAUAAGUUUAUUCAAUGCUUGAAUAAAGUUGUUAAGAAUUUUCCACCUCUUGCUGACAGGUUUAUGAAUGCAGUAUUCUUUUUGAUACCCAAACUUCAUGGUGUGAUGAAAACCUACUGUCUGGAAGUAAUCAUGUGCCGGGCAGAAGAAAUACCUGAUCUCCACUUGCAGUUAAAGAGUAAAGACUUUAUUCAGAUAAUGAAUCACAGGGAUGAUGAAAGGCAAAGAGUUUGUUUGGAUAUAGUGUACAAGAUGCUGUCUAAACUAAAACCACAAGAACUUAAAGAGCUUCUCCCUGGAGUUACAGGGUUCAUUUCUCACUCUUCUGUAGUAUGUCGACAGCACAUGUAUGAUAUUCUGAUGUGGAUUUACGAUAAUUACAGUGAUCCAGAAAGCCAAGCAGAUGAUGAUUCUAAGGAAAUACUCAAGCUGACAAAAGAAAUGCUGCUUCAAGGACUAAUUGAUGAGAAUGCUGAACUGCAAUUAAUUGUUAGGAAUUUUUGGAGUCAUGAGACAAGGUUACCAACAAAUAUUCUUGAUCGCAUGCUGUCACUGUUAAAUUCUUUAUAUUCCACCAAGAUUGAAACACAGUACUUGAGUCUAAUCACAAACUUUCUGCUUGAAAUGACCAGCAAGAGCCCGGAUUAUUCCAGAAAAAUAUUUGAACAUCCGCUGUCUGAAUGCAAAUUUCAGGACUUUGUAAUUGAUUCCAGCUGGCGUUAUCGAAGUACUGUGCUCACACCUAUGUUUGUGGAGACUCAGGCUUCUCAGAAUAUCCACAGGAAUUUAUCACAAGAAAGAUCCCUCUCUGCUUCUGGGUCACUUGGUGGUCGAGUGAGGGCUACCCAACGGCAGUAUGAAUUUACACCUACGCAGCAUGCCAGUGGUAAAAGUUCUUUUAAUUGGCUAACUGGAAGUAGCAUUGACACAUUGGCAGAGUAUACAGUUCCUUCAUCUUCUGAAUCCUUGUCUUCAUCCAUGCUCUUGGUUAACAAACGGAGUGAAACAUUUAAACAAGCAACCUUUAAACCAGUGGGACCAGAUUUUGGGAAAAAAAGGUUGGGUUUGCCUGGAGAUGAAGUGGACAGCAAAGCUAAAGGUAUAGAAGAACGAGCAGAAAUUCUAAGACUGCGGAGACGUUUCUUGAAGGACCAAGAGAAGAUCAGUCUGAUUUAUGCUAGAAAAGGUGUGGCUGAACAGAAAAGAGAAAAGGAGAUGAAAUCUGAGCUGAAGAUGAAGUAUGAUGCCCAGGUUACUUUGUACAGAAGUUACCGAGUAGGAGACCUUCCCGACAUCCAGAUUGAAUACUGCAGUCUCAUUGCCCCUCUGCAGGGCCUUGCCCAGAAAGACCCAACAUUUGCCAAGCAGCUUUUCAGCAGUUUGUUUGGUGGAAUUUUGCAUGAGGUAGAAAAGUCUAAAACUCCUUCUGAGAAAAAAGACAUCAUCCAGAAGCUGCUGAAUGACUUCAAUAAUUUCUUGAGUACGAGCCUGUCUUACUUCCCGCCAUUCAUUGGGUGCAUCCAGGAAAUGAGUUACCAGCACAGAGAGCUACUGGAACUGGAUUCAGCUAACGUGAGCACCAGCUGCCUUGCAAGUUUACAGCAGCCAGUGGGCAUCCUUCUUCUGGAGCACGCCCUCAUGGCUCUGUCUCCUGUGGAGGAGCCCCCAACCAAGCGGAUGCGUGGGAGGAGAGAGCUUCCCCCAGAUGUGAUCAGAUGGAUUGAACUUGCUAAGCUCUACCGAUCUCUUGGGGAUUAUGAUGUCCUUCGUGGUAUUUUCAGUGGUAAGAUUGGGACUAAGGAAAUCACGCAGAAAGCAUUGUUGGCAGAGGCAAGGAGUGAUUAUUCUGAAGCAGCUAAGUAUUAUGAUGAGGCACUCUCUAAAGAAGACUGGCAAGAUGGAGAGCCAACAGAAGCAGAGAAGGAUUUCUGGGAACUUGCAUCUCUGGAAUGCUAUGACCACCUCACAGAGUGGAAGUCUCUGGAGUAUUGUGCUACCAUUAAUAUUGAUAGUGGAAAACCUCCAGACCUAAGCAAAACGUGGAAUGAUCCAUUUUUCCAGGAGGUGUAUCUGCCCUAUAUAAUUCGCAGUAAGUUGAAGUUACUGCUCAGUGGGGAAAAUGACCAGACUUUGCUAACUUUUAUUGAUGAGGCAAUGAAGACAGAACAGAAGAAGGCAAUUAUAGAAAUGCAUUACAGCCAAGAGCUUGGUCUCCUUUACAUCCUGCAAGAUGAUUAUGACAGAGCCAAAUAUUACAUAAGCAAUGGCAUGCAAAUCUUCAUGCAGAGCUAUUCCAGCAUUGAUACUUUGUUAUAUCAAAGUCGAAUGACUAAGCUGCAGUCUGUACAAGCUUUGACAGAUACACAAGAUUUCAUCAAUUUUAUGACCAAGAGAAGUAACUUAGCUUCACAGGCUUCCCUUAAGAGACUUCUCAGAAUUUGGACAAGCAGAUAUCCAGAUGCUAAAAUGGAUCCUAUGAACAUCUGGGAUGAUGUCAUUACAAAUCGGUGUUUCUUUCUUGACAAACUGCAGGAGAAACUUCUCUGUGAUCAGGCCAAUGAUAGUAUGGAGGUGGAUGAGGAAUAUGGUGCUGGUGACCAAAUGGAAGUGGAUCAACAGGAUGAAGACAUGUACUCAAUGAUUAAAAGCUGCAAAUUCGACAUGAAAAUGAAAAUGAUAGAAAGUGCCAGGAAACAGAACAGCUUCUCAGUUGCCAAGAAGCUUCUGAAAGACCUACACAAGGAAGCCAAAUCAAGGGAGGACUGGCUGGUGAGGUGGAAUUGUGCCUAUUGCCGCUUUUCACAUAGCUGCAGCCGGAAACAGAGUUGUCCUGAACGCAUGCUUUCUGUGUUGAAAACCAUCUCCCUGCUUGAAUCUGACUGUCCUAGCAAGAAGAUAACGGCCCUCCGAAACCAGAAUCUUCUUCUGGGUACUACAUACCGCAUCAUGGCCAAUGCUUUUAGUCAGGAUCCAAGAUGCCUUGAGCAAAUUGAGGAAGAAAAAGCUGCAAAAAUAUCAGUACUAUCAGGAGAAAGUCUUGAGAGUCCUGAAAAGGUGUUGGCAGGUCUGAACAAGAAGGCUUUUCAGUGUUUCAGCAGUGCUGCAAGGAAGUCUGAAGAGGAGGUGCAGUCCCACUCCAUGGAACAUGUAGAUGUGGUGGGAGUUAUCGAUGCGUAUAUGACUUUGGUUGGUUUCUGUGACCAGCAUCUGCGUAGGGAAGAAGAAGGCUUGCUUGAAAUUAACACUGCAGAUCUGCAGUUAUUCCCAGCUAUUGUGGUGGAUAAAAUGAUAAAAGCUUUAAAACUGAAUUCCAGAGAAGCCAGGCUGAGAUUUCCUAGACUGCUGCAAAUAAUUGAAAGAUAUCCAGCAGAGACAUUGGGUCUAGUGACACGAGAGCUUUCUUCGGUUCCCUGUUGGCAGUUCAUCGGUUGGAUUAGCCAGAUGAUGGCACUACUUGACAAGGAUGAAGCAGUAGCCGUGCAACACACUGUUGAAGAGAUUGCAAAUACCUAUCCCCAGGCAAUCAUCUACCCUUUCAUGAUCAGCAGUGAAAGUUACUGUUUCAAAGAUACUGCAACUGGUUGUAAGAACAAGGAGUUUGUAGAAAGGAUCAAGGAUAAGUUGGACAGAGGAGGAGUAGUUCAAGAUUUUGUUUGCUCCCUGGAACAGCUUUCUGAUCCCAUGAUGCUUUUUAAG